CCCGUCUGCGAUUCUCGGCACCUCCUGCUCUUUGAUCUUUUGUCCUCUCAUCUCCAACUACUAUCCAAAUCUCUUGCCUAUCAUCUUGGAUUGGCUAGUCACAGAAAGGAAAGGCAACAAACUAGGCUGCCGCAGUGCCGAUCGGUUGCCGAGCUAAAAGGUAUCCGUUGAAAUUCUAGGGUUCGGAGAGCUUCGGUUGAAUCCCGCCGGCUUCUCCUGAGGUACGUUUCACGCUCCUUGAGAAUUCCCCUUCAACGUUGGGGUUUAUGGCAGGGGAGUCGCAAUCGACAAUCCUUCAGUUUCUACCAGGAAUGACUGCAAGAAACACCGAGACGGAGCAAAGUUUCCCCCCUUUCUCUCAGUUCCUUGCGACUCCUUGCAAUGGUUUACAUUACCUCUUGGGACGAGUUUGUUGAGCGAUCAGUGCAGUUGUUCCGUGCUGAUCCCAAUUCGACUCGGUAUGCUAUGAAGUACAGACACAGUGAAGGCAAGUUGGUUCUCAAGGUUACGGACAACAUACAGUGUCUCAAGUUCAAGACGGAUCAGACACAGGAUGCUAAGAAAAUGGAGAAGCUGAACAACAUAUUCUUCACCCUGAUGGCUCGGGGCCCUGAUGCGGAUAUAUCGGAAGUUACAGGAAAAGAGCAGAUGGAAACACAGGCGACCAAGAGAGGAAGGGGUCGUAAGCAAUAGAUCUUGGAUCGCUUCUGAGUAGAAGUAGAGCGUUUUUAAAAAUUUUAGCACAUGAUUAGUGAAUCUUGAGAUGAUUAUAUGUCCUCCUUGCCAGUUGCCGCCUCAUGAAUAUGAUUGUCAAAGUGAACCUUUUUGUUUCUAUUCUCAGUAAAGCCCUUGUAUUUUCGAUGCUGACAAUGUCAGAACCCAGGUCGGUUGACGUCACAAGCAGAAUCAAAUUCGCCGGCAAAGAAAUUGCAGCAUUGCGGUCUCAUAGCUCUGGACUUUGUUGGGUGAAUUGCAAGUUUGGUCACCCUUAGCCUUAGCCACCCAAAUCACUUUUGCUUCAAUUUAGCCAUUAAUACUAAACAUUUAUGUCAUCCUUGGUCACUCGCCGUC